AGUGAGACUCUGGGGUAAGCGAGACUACUUCCGGAAUUUGCUGCAUUACUUUGUUGGUUUUAAUUUUAGAGUGCCAUUACUGUUUCCAAUUUAAAAGGAUUAGAAGAAGCCAUAAUUAGAGUACUCUCUGUUCUUUUGGACCACAUGGCAAGACAACCCAGCGUAGUUGUUGAUUUUGAGGCGGGUCUCUGGAAAGCCAUACGAGAGACAAUAAAUGCAGAGAUGGCCCGUCAGCGUUCCUUAAAGCUGCCUUAUACUGGUAAGCUGUGCUAUAAGCUGCCCAGUGGCAAGACAGUAGUUAUCAAACUUGUUGACAAUCUGAGAUCUGCUCAGAAAGAACUUAGCAAAUCAUCUUCCUCGACCCAGCAAGGAAAUGGGGAUGAAUCCUCCUCAUGUGAUGAAAUCUGUUGUUUAUCAAUUAAAACAGCGACUUCACAGGAGAACAGCAAAUCUAAUACGGAGAAGGCUGCAUUGAAAAGUGAAGAUGAUUUCACUGUAAUUAGAUGGGAAGGUCUAACAAAAACUAAGUUUGAUGGUAAUACAUGUGGAAGUAUAGAUAAAGGGAUAUCGAACACUACUGUUGAAAAGCUGGCUAAUGAAAAUGUAAUCUGGAAGCAAGAGAUUAGCAACUCAAAUACCAUAGACCCAAAACAGAAUCAUCCAGUAAACUAUCAGUGUAUUCCCAUGGAUAGAAAUAAUGAUAGUCAGGAAACUGCAGAGUCUGAAGUGCCUAAUUUGGCAAGUAGAAAACAACCAGUUGUCCUCAAGAGAAACCUUUCUCACAGUCAUGAAACUGCAGGGUCUGCAGAGCAUAGAUUUGAAAGUAGAAAACAACCAGUGGUUGUCCUCGAGAGGAUAAAAGUGGAAUCUGAUUUGACGGUUUCUAACAUACCUGAAGAGUUGGGAAAAAAUAUGCAAGAGGGAUUCAGUGAAAACAUUGGGAAUAUAAACCUUUCUGAGGACAGUGUUGCAGGGACUUUAUUGGACGUAAACACUGAAGAAUGUUCCACUGAAUGCUCCAAGCAGGGAAUGUUUUUGAGAGAUGUGAAAAAGCCUUAUACCAGAAGUGGUGUUCAACAGAAAACUAAACAAUCAGCAAGUAAGAUAGAUAGUGAGGACUUUUUUCCAUUCGCUUGCGGAAAGUGCAACUAUACAUCAAAAUUGAAGCAUCGAUUGAAAAGACACAUGAAAUUACACAUGUCUGAUCGACCUUUCGUGUGCGAGAUUUGCAAGAAGGCAUUCAAGCUUCCUCAAUACUUGUCUGAACACAAGCGAACGCACUCGAAGGAGCGACCAUACUCGUGUGAGCAGUGUGGGCGAUGCUUCUCUCAAUUUAGCACCUUGCAUAGACAUAAGAGAAUCCAUCAAGGGCUCAUGGAGCAGAUCCAGCAUAAAUGCUACACAUGUGGCAGGAGCUUCUCUAUGGCAACUAGCUUGCACCGUCAUUCGAAGAUGCACGAAAAUCUUGAGAGAAAGGUCAGAAUUAUUAAAGAUAUGAAAAAGAAAAAGUUAACUUACAACUCAACUGUAGAUGACCAUCAACGAGAGUUCGAAUGUGGCGAGUGUGGGCGCAAGUUUCUCAGAAAGCACGAUGUGAUGAAACACAUGUUGAAACACACUGGGGAGUCGAUUUACACGUGUGAAGUGUGUGGGAAGGGUUCUUGCAGCAAGCAGGCUUUACAAAAACACAUCAACAUCCACACUGGGGAUGAUAUAGAGGUGAAUGUUACUGGGUCCUCUUCUUCCGCCUGAUCUACGGCAUCUUACUUGGGAAUGCACGAAAAUCUUACUGUGAAUGACCAUCAACGGAAGUUCGAGUGUGGCGAGUGUGGCUGCAAGUUUUUCAAAAAGAACCAUGUGAUGCGACACAUGAUGACACACAAUGGGGGGUCGAUAAACAUUCACGUGUGUGGGAAGGGUUAUAACAGCAAGAAGGCUCUACAAAAACACAUCAACAUCCACACUGGGGAUGAUAUAGAGGUGGAUGAGGAAGACACAGGGUCCUCAUCUUCCAGUGACUCAUCAGGAGAGGAUGACUUGUAUGACUGUUAAUUAUUUUCUAUCAUAUUAAAAGUUAUCAAUAAAAUUAAAUAAACAGUCAAUUUUAUAUUCAAUAUAAUAAUCUUAAAGGUAUAUAAGCUAUAAUUUGCAUCACAUUUGAAGUACAGAAAAAUGCAUGUGUUUGUUACCUACUACAUGUAAUAAAAGUUUCCUUUAUUCUGUAAAAUACAAUGGUAAACUCCACCUUUUUACAAAGAUAUAGAAUUUUGAUCUAGUUUAUUUUCCUGCCGGGAAAGUAAUGUCUUUUCAUGAAUAAUGAUGAAGGAAGAGAAAAAUUGACCUCAUUGUGCAUGUCCGCAAGAGAUCAGGUGGCCAUUAUUGUUAGUCCGAUUACAUAUCGGUCUUGAUUUGUAAUAUGCUUAACAGUUGUUAAUGAAAUAUAUAUACAUGUAUUUUGAGUUUUAAUUUGUUUAUAAUUCACGAUACCAUUACUUUUGCAUAUUUAAAUAAGUUAACACUCAUACGAACUGAAAAUAGCCCUUAGGGGAAAACACAUCAGCCUAUGUCAUUGUAGGUUUUUGUUUUCUUUUGUUCGAAUUCCUAGAUAGGACCAUUUUGUGACAAACUGAAAAAACCCAUGUCAUUUCCUUCAUGAAACUUUCACAGUUAUAAAGGUGUUGACCCUUCAAUAGCCAAUUUUGAGCUCACCGAAUAGAAGUUGGGGGAGCUUUUCGCUAUACAGUCGGCGUACAGACCGGGUUAAAGUUUUUGUUGCAGGUCCUGCAUCUAAGUUAUAUCUUGUCUUAUCUUCACCAAACUUGCAUGGAUCAUACAUUUGGACCUACUUAUGGAUUUGAAUGACUAGGAUGUUAAAUUUGGACCAUGAGUUUCAGAUGCUGGAGGAGAUUAAGGUUUUUGGAGCAGGUUAAAGUUCUUAGAGCAGGUGCCAUUUGAUGAUUAAAUCUUUCUAGUUAUAACUGGUCCUAACUUCACUAAACUUGCAAGGAUGGUGCGUUUAUGAUACUGAUGCACUUGACAGACUUGAAUGCUGAAUCUGGGCCAUAGGUUUCAGAUGCUGGAGGAGGUAAAGGUUUUCUGAGCUGGUUAAAGUUUUUGGAGCAGGUGCCCUCUGAUGAUUAUAUCUUAGUUUUAACUGGCCCUAACUUCACUAAACUUGCAAGGAUGGUGCGUCUUAUGAUACUGAUGCUCCUGACAGGCUUGAGAGCUGAAUCUGAGCCAUAGGUUUUGGAUGCUGAAUGAGGUUUAGUUUUUUGGAACAGGUCACAUGUUUAAUAGAUAAUAGUACUAUUUCAAACUUGCAUUGUUGAUUUAACUAUAAUACAUGUACAUGUACACAGAGGUAGCUUCCAAUGCAGAGCCUGAACUCCAUUAUCAAGGAUGCUA